GUCGCGGGCAGCACCGUGUGCAGUGGGGGCCAUCAACGACAUUGCCAUCCACCCCUCACGCAACCACCUCGCCCUGGCAGCGGGGUCGCAGGGCGCGGUGGUGGCGUGGGACCUGCGCCACCUGCACCACCCACUGCUGCUCUUCGGCUCCUCCGCUGCACUGCCCGCCUCUCCCUCACCGAGUGCGCGAGGGGCGGAGUGGGCGCAGGGGGACGUGUGGGAGGUGCAGUUCGACCCCCUCACACACCUCUCGCUGCUCUCCUCCGCGCGCCCCGCUGCUGCCACCACCGCGGGCGCUGCUGCCGUGCCGCCCAUGCUGGCGUGCUGCGAUGACGGCCUGCUGUCCCUGCUGCAUGCAGGAGGAGCGGUGCAGGAUAUCAUGCAUGCGCCACAUGCCAUCAACUCCUUCGAUGUCGAGCCCUCCUUCGGCCAGGUGUGCUCCACCACCUUGCACCGCCACCCACCCACCCCAUCAACUCCUUCGACUCCUUCGAUGCGCUGCUCUUUGCAUGCACGCACUCCCACCCACCCGCUCUCAUGCCUGUGCGCACACCACCAUUGCAUCCACUGUCUUGCCUCACACUCUCCCAUUCCUGCUCCCAUUACACCACUGACCUGCAUGGGUGUGUGUUGGGCUUCCCGCAUGUUGACCUUCUAG